AUGUCCCCAUCUGAGAUCCUUGGAGAUUCUUUGUCCACUCUGACUAUCCUCUUCACAGUGCGUGGAGUUAAAGCUGAAGUCUGCAGGAUGUUUCGCAGUGAGGAGAUGUGUCUGGUGCAGCUUUUCUUCCAGACUGAAUCUGCUCACACCUGCAUUAACGAGCUCGGCCUGCUGGGACUCGUCCAGUUCAGAGACUUGAAUCCAGGUGCAGCAGCUUUUCAGAGAAGGUUUGUGAAGGAGGUGAGGAAAUGUGAAGAGAUGGAACGAAUCCUUCGAUUUCUUGAAGCUGAAAUCACUCGGAGCAAUAUUCCGGUCUCAGCGGUGGUAGACAGUGGGGGGGUCUCUUGCCCACGAGAGCUGCUAGAACUAGAGUGUAAAAUUAAGAAGCUGGAGGAGGAGCUGAAAGAGAUCAACGGGAACCAUGAUGUUUUAAAGCGAAACUUUACUGAACUGCUGGAGAUCAGAUCUCUGCUCAAGGUCUCCACAGACUUCUUUGAGGAGGCGGAGUCCCAGUUGUCCUGUUCUGAGCUUCCAUCUGAAGAUUCUGUCUCUAUAGCAGCUUCAUCCCGUACCCUCAGCCGCAGGAACAGCAGCAUCAGCACCAAUGGACCACAGAAACUCGCGUUUAUCGCUGGAGUCAUUAAGCAGGAUCGAUUUCCUGCCUUUGAGAAAGUCCUAUGGCGUCUUUUUCAUGAAAACUUUAUUCUGCGUCAUGCAGAAAUUCAGGAUACUGAGCAGCAGACGGAGGUCAAAGAGAAUCUCUCUGACAGAAGGAUGAAGAAAGAUGCGUUUGUUAUUUUUGUCCAAGGAGAUCAAGUGCAGGGAAAAAUAAAAAAAAUCUGCAACGGUUUUCGUGCUAAUCUGUACCCAUGUCCCAACACCCUCCACGCACGAGAGGAGAUGAGGCUGAACGUACACGCUCGAAUCGAAGACCUGCGAAUGGUUCUGAGGAGAACAGAGGAAUUUAAAGUCACAGUUUUAACCAAAACAGCUGCCAGUAUUCACCAGUGGGUCACUAAAGUGAAGAAAAUGAAAGCCAUCUAUUACACACUCAACCUGUGUAACAUAGAUAUCACCCAGAAGCUGAUAGUCGCGGAGAUCUGGUGUCCAGUUUCAGAUUUAAACUCUGUCCAGAACGCUCUGAUCAAGGGCUCAGAGCAAAGCGGUUCCACUGUUAGUCCGGUCCUGAAUCGGAUCCAAACCCAGCAAAUUCCCCCAACCUUCAACAGGACCAAUGAGUUUACUAAAGGAUUCCAGACCAUAGUUGAUGCUUAUGGAGUCAGCAACUACCGUGAGAUCAAUCCAGCGCCCUACACCAUAAUAACCUUCCCCUUCCUGUUUGCGGUGAUGUUUGGAGAUUGUGGACAUGGGCUUAUUCUGACACUGCUGGCAAUUUGGGUGAUAAAGCAGCAGGAGCAGCUGAGCCGGUGGAAGAGUGAGUUUGUGGAUGUUCUGGUUGGUGGACGCUUCAUCAUCCUGCUGAUGGGCCUGUUCUCCAUUUACACUGGCCUGAUCUAUAACGACUGUUUCUCCAAAUCUUUCCGCAUUUGUCGCUCGUCGUGGAGUGUCCGGCACAUGUUCCAGCCCAGUGGACCCUGGAGCAAUAAAACUCUGCAUGCUUUUGGUCAUCUCCAUCUGGACCCUGAGGUCCCUGGAGUUUACUCUGGCUCUCCGUACAUGUUCGGCAUUGACCCGGUGUGGAAUAUAGCGUCGAAUAAGCUUUCCUUCCUGAAUUCAUAUAAGAUGAAGAUGUCUGUGAUUUUGGGGGUCAGUCAUAUGCUCUUUGGGAUGGCCCUCAGUUUGGUGAACUACUUGCAUUUCAGAAAUGUCCAGAAUGUCCUGCUGCGGUUUGUCCCAGAGCUGGUCUUCAUGCUUUCUCUUUUCGGAUACCUGCUCUUCCUCAUCCUCUUUAAAUGGACUGUCCGGCUGCGGGCAGAAACAGCUCCCAGCAUCCUCCUGAUCUUCAUUAAUAUGAUGCUCUUCAGCUACCAAACCGAUGAUAAAUUCCUAUACAACGGACAGAAAGCGCUCCAGAUGUUUCUAGUUCUCCAGGCUAUCCUCAUGGUUCCAGUGAUGCUGCUGAUAAAACCGCUGCUCAUUUACAGACACAGAGUUGAACUCCAGCAGCAGGCCGCCGCACCUAAUAAGAAGGGGAAUCAGCCUAAUGAGUAUAAUAGUCAGUGUAGUUACUUUAAAAUAAAAUAUUCCUUUUUUCUUCAGUUUAGCAUGGGUGAUAUUUUUGCAUAUCAGGCCAUCCACACUAUCGAGCACUGUCUGGGCUGCAUCUCCAACACGGCCUCUUACCUGCGACCUUGCACAUACAGCUGAUUACAUUCUGAGUUGUCGGAGGUGUUAUGGCAGAUGCUACUGCGGGGGGCUCUGAGAUGCCCUCCCGGUUUUGGCUCAUUGCUGCUGGCGUUGGUGUUUUCCUGUUUUGCUCUGCUGACAUUUGUGUUGUUUGUCAUGGAGGGGCUUUCUGCAUUCCUGCAUGCUUUGCACCUGUACUGGAUUGAAUUUCAGAACAAGUUUUACCAGGGAGCUGGAUUCAAGUUCACUCCGUUAUCAUUCACCAGCCUCAAUAAAACUCCGCAUGCUUUUGGUCAUCUCCAUCUGGACCCUGAGGUCCCUGGAGUUUACUCUGGCUCUCCGUACAUGUUCGGCAUUGACCCGGCCGCCGCACCUAAUAAGAAGGGGAAUCAGCCUAAUGAGGAUCUGCUGAGGGCAGGAUAUAAUGGCUGUGUGGCAUGCGCCCGCCCCCCGGGCCCCGACGAUGAGGGCCGCGAGAGCUGGCAGGACGAACUUUAG